UCUGGCUUCUCCGCUUCCGUCAAUUUUGAGAAAUUGGUUCCGCCUAUGUUCCGCUUUCUGCUGCUGAACGAGUUUAUGGUGAAAAGCAAGAAGUCGCGACCGCAAAGCAGAGCCGGUCGUAACAACACGCCAUACCAGCGAACGGCCGCAUGCGAGACGCAACGCGUGGUUUGCUGAAACAGUGGCGUUGCUUCUUCAGCGUGCUACUGGGCCGUCGUGGCCAGCUGCGCAUAGGCACCUAGAAACACCUGCGAUUUCACGCGCGCGAAGGUCUAUUAGAAACCGGGUUCGCUCUCUGGUGGGAUACAGCGACCGGAAUGACUGAACAGCAAGCUUCAGCGGACAUCGUUGCAGAACUUUUGGAAGUUGCAGUGCACAAUAUCCUGUACUCGAGGAAGCUCUAUCCCGAAGAAAUGUUCCAGAAGUCGUGGAAGUAUAAUAUCCCGGUCCACUUGGCGUCACAUCCACAGAUUGUGGACUACAUUGACAGCUGUGUGAUGACAGUGCACAAGUUGCUCCAGCGAAACGAGCUACGCAAGAUGGUUGUGCACGUUACAGACUCUAACCACAGGCCCCUGGAACAGUUUGUUUUUGAGGUCACCGUACCAGUUGAAGGGUCCUCAACUCGUUCUAAUCUCUCUAGGCGACAGAAAGAAGAGGAAGACUCUUACCUGCUUGACGUAGAAGCGGCAGCGCGAGCCAUUUGCCUCAAGGUGACUUCGUGUGACUCCGUCCUGCAAGACAAUCCACAAGGCUGUUCAUUCAGCAUCCAGUUACAUGUUGCAGAGAGCACAGCGAUGAGGCUGUCCUUGAGUGAUGAUCCCGAUGACCAGUCGUUCCCCUGGAUAGAGGCAGAUGACAAGGACAUAGACAUACCUGGCGGAAGCAUAGUGCCUCUCAAGUGUGCCAACACAACCGUGGGAAAGGUCCAGCUCUAUGUUGUCGAGAGUGACGUCAAAAAGCCUUCAUCCUCUUGAUGGUGUUGUAUUUCUAAUCACAAAAAUUUUUCAUGUUACUUUAGGAAAAAAGCAUCAUUUUUUCGACCGACUCUAAGUUAUUAUGUAAAUAAAUUUUAAUACUCAAGCAAGAUGCUUGAGAUCUUUUGUGAA